GUCAUUUUGCAAAAGAAGUAGACUUCCAUCGUCCUGUUGGAACAUUAUCUUUGGCAAGCACUAGACGUGGAACAUACUUUAAAAAGGUAACUAUCUAUUAUUUAGUAAAUAGAGAUGAAGUCCUGCGGGAAUCUGGAUCAAGAUGCCUUUAGAAAAAUCACAAAAAAAUCACACGACAAAAAUUUUAAAAAUCACAAAAAUAGAAAUAUCACAAAAAAACCAUAUGGUUUUAUGAUCUCGUACACUUUUGGAGUGAUUUGUCCCUCGCUCUGGAUAACUGUCAUGAUAUUGGUAGUAAUACAGCUAGGAGGCACGGAUGCAAAGAAGAAAAGUUUAGUUUUAGUUUAUCGAAUUUCUUUAAUUAAAAAAAUGUUAUACUUAUAUAUAACAUACACAAUCAGACAAAUUGUUUGUAUAGGGUUAAGGGAGGAAGAGUGAUUCUCAUUUUCCCAGCCAAAAUUUUGUCAGAAUCCCAGUCAUCCGACCGCGCAGUGAUUUGCUAAAUCGCAUUCCCAGCAUGCAAUAUUACUGGUGCAAAUCAAUUCCCAGCUGUCUAAAUCCCAUUUGUGCAGUGAAAAAAUUCCCAACACUAAUUUUACCCAUUCACCACCCUCACCAAAUAGCAUAUAAGAGCGACAAACAGAGGGGGGACAAGGUACGUGACAGAAGGGACUUUUGAGUAAUAUCACAACUGAUUAAUUAUUCCCCACAAAGGCAGAUUUGUGGAAUAAUUACAAAGGAUGCAAGAUAAGACAUAUGUUAGGAAACUGUGUGGAACACUGAGUAUCGAUUCGAAUUUUUAGUUUAGGUAGACCCUCUUUCAUAAAAUAUAAUUUUUUGUCGUAUGCGGAAUAUCAUAUCCGAAGCAAAAGUCAAAAGUCAAUACAUGACAUAUAUUCCUUUAAAUAAAGAUAUCAUAUCGUCCUUGCAUUUUGCAGUCAUAAUCAGUGUUGCCUGACAUUCGUCGAAGUCGAAAUUGCAUUGAACUGUAUAUAUUUGAUAAAAACAUUUGUAGCUGGCAUCUACUCGUGAAGUUAAGUUUGUAUUCCAGUUAAUAUAUAGACAGACGGCUGUGAUCCUAACAUGCCUUUUUUAUCGUAAGUCAAGAUAAAUAAAUUUAUUAUACUGUCUUAAUAGGCCCAAGGACAUCCUUGCGUGUACGUACUGAUACGCAAUUAAUUCUUAAUUAAUUACUUAGAAAAAAGAUUAAAUGAAUGUUUGCAGUCAUUGACGGGCUAACUUAAGCAUACAUGUUUGUAAAAUCUCCGAUAAGUUGAAAGAAUUUGAUAUCGUUCAGCAAUUGUUGGGACGAGCAAAAAUUAUGAAAAGGGAGGAAAACUUGGUGUGACUGAUUCGCUAUAAAAAUUUUGUGCACAUGCAUUAGAUAUUCAAGCAUGGUAAUUAUUGAUACAUUUUACUUAUAUUGAAUUGUGUUGGAAGUGCGGAGAAUGUUCAGCCAAACACAAUAUAAUGAACCAACCAAUGAACAUCCAAAAUAGUUAACUAUUUGAUUAAAAUGCAGGUUGGACCUUGCUAGAUUCUUUCACAAAAUUAUUUAUAUUUCGAAACACUUUGCUUCCGCAGAUGUACUGUAUGAUUAAAUUGUUCAUCUGUGGUUUGUGAACUAUCCAUACAACAUUUAAUUAUAUUUCACAUUUUUAAGUGCAAGCCAAUUGUUUUCCAGCCUAUUGCGGUGCUGCUAUUACAUAAGACUUAUAAUGGUCUCUCUUUUCUUCCAUCGUGAUUGCCAUUCAAGUACGCAUAAAUUACAGACAAUUAAUGGGCCUUGGCGACAUCGUAAAAGUUGUAGCCGCUCAAGCCUGAGAAUCAGGCCAAGUUUUCUUUUCAAGUCUUUCUUCAUUUCCUCUUCCAAUAAACAUGCGGUGGAUGCGUGGAUUUGAACAGUUAUGCCGGUCCAUGCGCAAAUGAUCAGGAAAUGAAGCUACUAGAGGAUUUUAUAGUGCAAGCAUGCUAGACAAUUCGAAGCCCACAAAGCCGGAGUUUUUUGAAUUCAAAUUGCGUUAGCAGGAUGCUUAAGAAUGAUCUAGCUUCUCAACUAAGCGUGACAAAGCUAGGGGCACUUAUUGCCUGAGUGGAUAUUAAAUCAUGCAUGAUGCAAAAUAAAAAGGGUUGGUGCAAAGACACAAAUGAUUUUCCGACGGACAUCAUACCAGUUUAUACAGUCAAUUUAAGACAGCCUCAGUUUGAGACAUACAUGCAUUCCACUGAUUCAAAUUAAAUUGAAACUUAAUGGUAAGUUGACCAGUUAAAUUUCAUAUUUUAUACCGACUCAUUAGAUAUAUUUGAAUAUUCGCUGGACAGCAUUUGUUCUUCACUAGCUUAAUCUCCACGAUCCGCCCGGGUGUCAAUUUCUGUGGUGGGCAGUUUUCUUAUCAUAAUUUCACCUUUACCAAUAAUGUCACUGCCAUUUCUCCGCGAAUAAAAUAUAAUCAUAGCUGUUACUGGAACUCUAGGAAGACUGACAAUUUAGACACGCAGAACUGCAGAUUCAGCUGGUAGGGCUACUAUAUCGAUAUAAAGUUAUUUGGUAAUGAUAUCUCAAAAUAUUGUGGAUGAACAUGUCAGAGCGUUAUAUAUGCGAGCGUGACAUCGACAAUAUGUUCUCCGUCGAUGAUUAUUUUGAGCAAUUUUACAACGAAAAAGACCAGUUUUAUGGUUUGUAGGCUACACUCAUAUAAUUUUUUGUAAGUGUGAUGUUCGAAUGUGUUUUCUGAAAUAAAAUGCUCCGAUAAAUGAACUAUCAAUAAAAGAAAGAUAAGUCAUUAGUUGUUUCGUUUUUUCUAGAUUCAUCACAUGGAAGUAACAAUGAAGAUUUUCUUUUGCCUUGCUUUGAUCAUUGUUUCCGUGUGUGGUGAACGUGCAAGACGUCAGUCAUGGAGAGAUGGUUUGUGGGGCAGGGAACUCGAAUUGGAGAACGCGAGGAGAAAGGAUAUGGCAGCUGUCUCCAAUCUCUUCAAAGACGAACAGUCAAAUACUCACUACAAGAGUGUACCCGCUAGCGAGACAAGGCAGGAUGAUCGGCUUAAUCUUAGAAAUGAAGUUCAGGAUCCCCAGAUGCCGCCAUUUCCGCAAGUUAUUGGACAAGAACGAAGCAAGUUUGAAUUUUUACGUUACCCAAAACAAAGACAAGAAUCUCAACAAGAAUAAGAGAACUUAAAAUUGAGGACAAAAACGCUAAUGUAUAUUUUAAAAUAGAACUAAACAGUAUAUAUUAGUAAAUCACGUAAAUUAUUAAGUAAAACAUCGAUAGGAAUAUUGAGCAAGCACACGGCAUGUCUAUGACUAUAUACAGGCAAAAUAAAAUAAUGUAAAAUGUUAUGAAAUUCAAAAAUAAAACCUUCAAGAAAAUCG